GUUGCAGACUGUACAGCAAGACAGGUGACACUCAACGGUCCUAACUAAGAAAUUCAUAUUCCUGUGUCAGCUCUGUGCCUUCUUUUGUCAACUCUAUGCAUCCAUCCUGCUCCUUAGACAGUAACCAGGGGUGUACUGACCAUUUGGAAACUCGGGCACUGCCCGAGGGCCCUGGGUCAGUAGGGGGCCCCAUGAGAUGCCCCUGGUACCUUUUUCAUAGACUUUUUUGAGUUUGGGCAAGGACACAGGGGCCCCAUGAUCCCCUAUUGCCUGGGGGCCCCAUGAGUUGUCAGUCCACCCCUGCUUACAGCAAUGA